AUGGUAUUUUAUAAUAAUUAAAAAUUUAGAGAAUGGCAAAUUACUUAAUUAAAUAGGUUUAAUAAUUUGAAUAAGAACAUUAAACAUUAGUACCUACUAUAUAUUAAAUUUUGAGUAGUUUUUUCUUUGCACUUAAUCAUUUUAGUGUAAAAUUAUUUGAUGGCAUACCUGUAACAUAAAUAAUAAUAUGGAGAUGUGCCUUAACAUUUAUAAUUAUCAGAUUAUUCAAUCAAAUAUUACCAUUGUAAUCAUAUCCAAAAAAUUAAAAGAUAAUGAAUAAACUAUUGUUUAGAGGAGCAAUUGGAAUGUUUGGAUUUUUAGCCUGUUUUUCUUCAUUAAAAUUGGUUGCUGUUUCAGAAGCAGUAGUUUUAAUGAAAACUAAUCCUAUUUGGACUACUCUAAUAUUAGUUUAUGUAUUAAGAAAAGAGAAGAUAAAUAUGAGAACAGCAAUAGAAAUAAUUACUUGUAUUAUAGGUGUCAUUUUUAUAACGAAGCCUCCAUUAAUAUUUGGAAAUGAGAAUUCAGAAUAUUCAAUUUUAUAUUUGAUAGGUCUUUGUUUGGCACUUGUUACUGGAUUAGAGACAGCUGUGGCAUAAGUGAUUAUUAAAUCAUUAAAUAAUCAAGUUCAUUCAUUUGUAAUAUUGCAAUACUUUUCAUUAUUCGCUGUAAUAGGUGCAGUACUUUUUCAAUUGUAUUCACCUUUCGAAGACAUGAGAUUUCUUUCUUUUAAAGAAGCUGUCAUUCUCUUAUUUAGUGGAUUUCUUGGUUGUUUGGGAUCCAUGUUUAUGAAUAGAGCAAUGAUGUUAGGUAAAGUAACAUAAAUGGCACUUAUUGGAGAAACAUAAAUAGUAUUUAAUAUUCUAUUGGAUUUAUUAAUUUUGAAAUAAAUGAUAGGAAUGACUAGUUGGAUAGGAAUUGGUAUGAUAGCUACAAGUCUAACUUCGAAUAUAAUGUAAAAGAACUGA